GCUCUCUGUGUCCUGUGUGCUCCGGGCACCUCAGAGGGGCAAGCAAGAUGGAUGUGAUGGGGGGGCCUCUGUCCGGCUACACACGGGCACCGUAAGCAUUUCUGAACACGAUUGACACAUCCAUCACCUCAUGGCAGCUUCCAACAAAACCUCUACUGGUCCUUCAAUGUUCAUCCUAACGGGCAUCCCUGGCCUGGAAACUGCCCAUGCCUGGAUUUCCAUCCCUUUUGCUACCUUCUACGUUAUCAGCCUGUUGGGAAAUUUCACAGUUCUCUUUGUUGUGACAAAAGAGCAGACCCUGCACAAGCCGAUGUACCUGCUGCUCUGCAUGCUGGCGCUCACGGAUAUCACCAUCUCUACCGCCGUUGUGCCAAAGGCCCUGGAUAUAUUCUGGUUGAAUUUGAAAGGCAUUACUAUGGCUGGCUGCCUCACUCAAACAUUCUUCCUUCACACGGUUUCUAUGAUUCAUUCAGCCGUCCUCUUGAUCAUGGCCUUCGAUCGCUACAUGGCCAUAUGUAAACCUCUGAGAUACACCGCUAUCCUCACCAACACACGAAUAGCCAAACUCGGGCUAGUGGGUUUGAUAAGAGCUAUUCUCUUCGUUCUGCCUACGCCCCUACUCCUGAGCCGGCUGCCAUUCUGUGACAACUACAUUAUUCCCCACACAUUCUGCGAGCACAUAGCAAUAGCAAAGAUCUCCUGUGGGGACACCACAAUGUACAGAACAUAUAGCUUGGUAAUACCAUUUAUGGUCAUUGGGAUAGACGUGACACUUAUUGUCCUGUCUUAUGGUCUGAUUAUCAGGGCUGUCCUCAGAAUCUCCUCCAAGGAGUCUCACCAGAAAGCCCUCAGCACCUGCACAGCCCACAUCUGGGUCAUGUUGACAUCUUAUGCGUCCAGUCUCUUCUCCAACCUUACACACCGGUAUGGUCAGGGUAUUGCUCCCCACGUUCACAUCAUCCUGGCCAACCUCUAUGUUCUCCUUCCCCCCAUGCUCAACCCGAUCAUUUACGGGGUCAAAACCAAAGAGCUUCGUGACAAAACGGGCCAAUACAUCUACAGAAUGUGCUCUCCUGGGGCCAAUGACUUUUAACCUAUGAGACAGGUUGGGGUAUCUCCUCAUUAAUGAAGGACGCUAUUUCCCAGUCUGGCUAAGAUCAGCAUUGUGGAAGUUCACAGUCCAGGAAGGUCCUCACAUCUCCUGUCCUAUCACUCCAUCACCAAGCACAGCUUUCUGUCACGGCGUUCCCUCACUUGACUACUCCUGAUCUAUUUCAGUGUCACCUGUCAGAUCCCAAGCCCCACACAUCUUGCCCCUCCUGCUUUCCUUGACUUCCAGACCAUCAGAAAACACUACAGCAUUCUGACCCAAGGUGAUUUUCUAUUAGACCCUGUGUGAAGAAUGUUCUCUCUCUGUUCGACAAACUCAAGCUUUCCUUUCAGAAAGGGAAAGGCAAACAAAGAAGCUAGAAUGCUAAAGUUCGUUAUUACAACUAUAGUGAUCCAAUGAACUAAAUGUACCUGAUUUAUCUACACCCAAUCCUUCAGGAAUCCUGGAUGAUAAACCAUAGACUUCCUUUGAAAAGUGCUAAUACAGACAUGUUAUUGAAGGAAUAAAGAGCAUUCCACUAGAGACUGUUCAUGACAUUUAUGAAACUCAAGUAUCAGAGGGGUAGCCGUGUUAGUCUGAAUCUGGAAAAGCGGCGA